AUGCGAUUUUUGGCCGGCGGCCAGUCCGCCUCGACGCUUCGCAAUCGGAUUUUCGUCGUUUUCGUCCUGAUCUUCUUCCUUUAUGCCUACCAUAGUCAGCAGAUCACCUACUCGGCGAUUAUCUCUAGUCAGGGUGAGGGUUGGGGAAAAUGUGAAUCCUAAAAUAAAAAUGAAAUAGCUACUUGGAAGGCUAGAGUGAUCCCUUUAGGGACACUUGAAAUAUCAUUUCUAGCUACUAUACCAUCCUGAGGGGCACUGAAGCUUGCACAAGUUGCCCCUAUAGUCUUCUUCUUCUUCUUCCUACGCCUUUGUACCGCUUGAGCGGCGUCGGCGCCUCAAGUCGAUUAGCCGAGGUCCUAAUUUGAUGAUAAUCAGUGGACUGGCUCCAGUGACAUAUCCGUCCUUGUGUGUGACGGCUGGGGAUUUUGAAGUCGUGGUUUCCCACUACCAACAUUUCUUAAACCCCUUGGUUGGGUCGGGGCGGGGAUCGAACUUGUGACCCUGUGGACCGUAGACAGGCACACAACCUGUUGCGCUAAGUUGCCCCUAUAGUGGUUUUAGUUAUGCCUUUGAAGACCCCUGUAGUGGCCACCUGAGUUUCACAUCUAUAGGGGACACUUUUUUGUCCCGAUGACCGUUUAGGGUUCCCUCCUCCUCACUUCUAAAGAAGUCACUCUAGCACUCUUCAGUUUGUUGAGUAUUUUUCUGGCCCGGAAAAAUCUUCACUUGUAAAGGAAAAACGGAGACAUUUUCUCAAGUUGUAUUAGUAUCUUACUCAAAAGAUGUUUUUUUGGAAAGGCUCGAACGACCUGAAGUAAGGUUGAAAAAGUGUUUUCGCCUCAAGACCUUUGAUUAAGUUGGAUUUGCUCCAGGUUGCCGUAAAAUUUGGGGGGUGGUUUUGAAUGUUGCGAUUAUUUCUAGUCAGGGUGGAGUUGAAGCAAAUCAAAUCUAACAAAAUCUGAUAAGAUAACAUUUUUUUAGCCCCCGCCGGUUGAAUUUUUUUGAUUGAACUUUGCUGAAGUGCUCCUGCUCCACUCAGAACAUAGCGGAAAUUCCUAGAAAUACAUUUUACUUCGACCUAAGAUCUUUUUGAAUCUUCAAACUGCACUAAUUAUGGAAAACGGCGUUCUCCGAGGAUUUGUAAGCCUUAUGGUGAUUGAAUAAAAUCAGUAAAAAUGUCACGGAAUGCCUCAUUUUCAAUUGAAUUCUUUCAGAAAACGUUUUGGAAUCGUGCGAACAACAGUCGGCUGGAUUGAAGGCUCGAUUAAAAUGUUCAUCUUUCUCGAUAAAUUUUUAUGAAUUCCGAUAUUUUUUCAGUAAUAUGGGACCACAAGCAGAUGGUCGAGAAAAAGCUGGAGAAAAUGGAGCAAAAGUCGCUGAGGGACGAAGAAACGAGCAGGAAACUUCGAGAAGGUUCAUUAUUUUUAGCAGAUUUUGUGUGAUUUUCUUGAGAUUUUGAAUAAAUAUUUUUUUUAUAGAAAUCGUUCCGAACCUGAGAACGGCGGCCACAAAUUGCGGGGUUAAAUUGGACGAUUGCCAGGUUUUUUUCUCCAAAAAGUUUCUUCUGACUGUAAAAAAUGGGGUUUUUUUUAAAAUUUUUGUUUGUGGAAGGUUUUGGCGAAGCUCUUGGAAAAGCUUUGAGAAAAAAAGGAACUGGGAAAAUUUUUAGUGGCCACUAUAGUAGUCAAAUUAGGGGCCACUUAAGGGGUUUAAAAUUAGUGGCCACUACAGAGGUCUAAGUGCUACUACUAGAUCACUGAAAUUUUUAGUGGCCACUUUAGGGGCUAAUGGAUCAACAUAAAUGGUCCAAUCUGUUUGUUUUGAAAUUAUCAGAGUUACUGUAAGGAAUAUUGGAUGAAAAACUACUGAAGGGGCCACUAAAACGGAAAAAUGACCACUGUAGAGGUUGGUUUAGUGGCCACUACAGUGUCCUCUCCAAGUAGUCCUUGGCGAGCCUCUAUAGUGGCCACUAAAAAUUUUCUUAGAUUUCGAAUUAUCCCUUCUUCAAAAACUAGUUCAGGAACUGACAUUAAAACGGCAACCUACUGAGCUUCAGAGUGGUCCCUACUGGGGAAAUUUUGAAGGCCCUUGAAGGUUUCCCUCUAGGGGCCACAAGGUCGGAAGCUUAGAAAAUUGGCCCUAAGGGUCUAGUCGUUGGUUGUUAUGAACUCUAUGAAAACAAACAUUUUUUGUCAUUUAAACUUUUAAAUCAUUAUAAAGAAUUUGAAGACCCCGAUAGGGACGACUUGAGCUUUAGGGGCUCGGGAUUCAGACCCCGAAAUUCCACUAGGAAAAAGCCUUAUAUUUAUUCCUAUAGAUAGCACUUUUGUUCCUCUUCAGGGAUUUUUCUCCCCCUGACCCCUAUAGGGACCACUUUAGUUAUGCUGAGUACCAAUUUUUCAAUGUUCUUCUUGGAGACAAAGAGAAAAAGAUAUCAGAUAUUUUUUUUCUUUCAAUGUCCUUAAUCUAGAUUAAAAUAAAAAAACUUUCGCGGAGAAAUGUGUUAAAAAAAUUUGGGAUAAUACACAAUUUUUUUGAACUUUCCUAGCUCUAGGCCUCAAAUAAAAGGUGAAUUUACUACGAAAUUAUCUGUAUUUUUUUAUUUUUUGAGACUUUUUCAAAGGUUGGCAGUUUUUUCGAAUUUACUGUCUUCAGGUGGAAUCGUCCAAUUGAAGAAAACAAAAAAAAUGACUUUCAAGGGAUUUUUUUAGAAAAAUGCUCAAAAAUCCUGAUAAUGAAGCCGUGAGCAAGUGAUUAAAUCAUCUCUAUCUCAGAAAAAAAUGAAAUUUUUUUCAGAAAUCCCUGAAUGAAUGCCAAAUUCGUCCAGCUGUACCGAAAGAACACGUGGAAAACGAUGCUUCUAUUAGAGGUUUUUUCCAUUUUUUUCUAAAAUUUUUCAAAUAAAUCAGAAUUUCAGAGGAACUGAUGAAGCUGAAAAAAAGGAAAUGGACGAUUUGA